AUGUGUUGCCCAGCAGAGGAUAUUAAUCCUACUAAUACAAUUAUGGCUACAAUCUGUCUAGUCUUGAACAUAUUUUUACCAGGAUUUGGAACUAUUUUGAAUGCUUGUCUAGGAGUGCAUGUUAUGGCAGGUCUGUUGUAUGGCAUCUGCUAAAUACUUCUUACUCCCCUAUUAAUUGGCUGGGUUUGGUCAAUUAUGUACGGAAUAAAGAUAGUAUAGUUUUCAGGAAAGCUAGGUGAAUAAUAUCAUUACGAAGCAGGAGCUCAACCAGGCGUGUCUGUCUAAUACGUGCCUUGA